UCUUUGCAGCUUGAACAUCUUUCAUGGAGAGAUUGAUGAAAACACUUUGUGAGCCAUGGGUUUCCGUACACUGCACACCUACAUCUGUGUGUUUGGUCUCAGUAUGCAGGUCGUCUGGGCUGUAGACGAGGUGACGCUCCUGAAUCCUCCAGAGGAGCCUCGACCGGGCCAUCUUUUGAAAAUACUCUACUCUUGUGAUGAAGUUGCCACAGUCCGGCUGGACUGUGUUGUAUCUUUUGAAACUGGCAGCUCUUCAACACUCCUGCUGCGACAGUGGAGCUGCGCCCCCGGUCCAACUAAAGUAAAAACCCUGGAGCUGAACUUGCCAGAUUGGUUGGUGUAUCGAGCUGAUGGGAUUAUUCCAGACUCCCAGUUGGUGCUGAGUUGCAUCCUUGUCGUGUCACUCAGAUACAGUGGAUUGGAUGACACCGAGGCGUCGGCGGCAGCUCAGGAUAUGGCAACUUUGCAGCCUAAACUUUUUUUUAGUCGGCCUUUAAAACGGCAUCAACUUUGCAUUUCCUGGAGUACACAAAUGAUGCAAUUAUCUCGACUGUUGUCAAAGAAGCAGUGUCCUUUGGAGCAAGAAACGGUGCAGCUCCUGUCUUCCAUGUAUGGCUCCACUGGAGAAGGCUUUGGCAUCACGAAGACGCUGCACCCUUAUGGCGCCGAGUUUCUGGAGUAUUUGCGCAUUAAAUCCCUCACCUCUCCAUGGUGUAUGUUCUCCAUGUGGAUAUUUGUCACCAGACACUGCCAGGAUAACCUGUGUGGUUUGCUCUACCAUAUAGACUCCCAGAAUAACUAUGUCACACCAUCACUGUUCCUCAAAAAAUCAGGCCAGCUACACAUCCAGAUAGAUGGAGGGUCUGAGGGAUCCUCUGCAUUUGUUCCUGCGUUCAAGGUGCCUUUGAGUGAGUGGUGCCAAAUCAGUGUGAAGUUGCGCGAUACAAUGGUGACCGUCUCCAUGGUGUGUGUGAAGAAGGAGCACAGGACGCUUCAUUCGAUAGUACAGAUGUUGGACCACAUUGUUGUGCUGGAUGACACAGAGGGAUAUUUUGUGAUUGGAGGAGGGAAAUACAUAAGAAGUGUGGAAGGUUAUUUUGGGCCACUGGUUUACUACCGCAACCGAAUACCUCCUCACAGCACGGAUGCAGUGGUUAUUCCAGAUGUUAUCAGGACUCUGAACCUGACAGGCUGGCAGCACACCUGUCAAGGAUUUCGUCUCGAGAUGAACAUUAAAAUCCGUGGUUAUUCUCUCAAGGCCCAACAGGGGACAGAGUCUGGUAGGGCCUGUUUUGAUGCUUUCCAUGAGUGGAUGGUAAAGGACAGACAGCCAUCGAAGUCACAGUGUGAGCUGUGGGAGACGACUCUCCCUCAUAGACGACGAGCUGCAAAACUGGUCAAGUUUUUGGUUUUCAAACACGGAGAAAGAUAUGCCAGCCUGCCAGCUGUGGGCAGAGCCCUGUACUCCUUAUCGCUUCGCAAGCUGAGCAGAGCGAGCAACAUUGGAGUGGUCAGCAAAAUAUUGCCACUGCUGCUCCAAGCUGGCUGCUUAGCUGAUAACCGAGCUCUGCUCAUGUCCUCAGUGUUCUACAGCGCUGGCCUGGGAAUCCAGGAACAGCCCAAUAAGGCCUGGCUCCUCGCCCUGCUGGCAGCCCAGAAGGAUGAGCGAUUAGCACUCCUGCGUCUCGGCCACCUGCACCACCAGGGUCUCCAUGGCCUCCCCACAGACCCGGACCUGGCCUAUGCCUAUUAUGCAAAUAUAGCGAAACAGACAACUCUCGACCGUCUCAAUCCCACACCCCAGCAGAAAUUUGUUGAGGCUAUUUACCUAAACAAUGAUGAGGUGUUGAAUCUCCAGACCAGCGAAGACCAUCAGCUCUUCCAAUGGCUGAAAAUGCAAGCACGCAGGGGAGCAGCUGAAGCUGAGCAAACGGUUGCCCGCAUGCUGUUCUGGGGUCAGCAGGGAGUGUCUCCAGACAUCAGGAAGGCUGUGAAGCACUACGAAAGGGGAGCGGUCAAGUGGAAGGACCCAGUGCUAAUGUAUGACUAUGGCAUCGUCUUACUCCAGGGGCGUGGGGUUGAACAGGACAUUCCAAAAGCUCUCACUUUCCUGAAGAAAGCAAUGGACCAGAACUUUGUUCCUGCAAUCAACGCCCUGGCCUGGUACCAUGAGCACUUUGAGCAAGACUACGGGCAGGCGGUGCAGCUGUGGGAGCAGGCGGAUCUCCUGGAGUCAUCAGAUGCUGCUUUGAAUCUCGGUGUGAUGUACUCACAGGGCUUGUAUCCAGGAAAAGCAGCUGACCAGUGCAUGGCCUUUCGGUACUAUCUGAAGUCUGCAGAGAGAGGCCACAUCAGGGGAGCGAUUCAACUCGCCAACAUCUGGACAACUGGAAUACCUGGAUGCGUCUCCAGGCGUCCAUCCGAUGCACUUUUGUGGGUAAAGUGGGCAGCUGAGCACAAUGGAUACCUGGGCAGCAUCUUGCGGAAGGCCUUGGAUUCAUAUCUGAAAAGUGACAUGUUCAGCUCACUGUUAUAUUACAUGAUGGCUGCUGAGUCCGGCUACUCACCCGCCCAAUUCAAUGUGGCAUAUCUAUGCGACAAAAGUAUGUUAGCUUCUCUGGAUCCUUCUUUUGCAUCAAACUGUAUGUGGAGGUAUUACAACCGUACACUCCAAAGCAAAAAUCCUGACACUUAUGCCUUGAUUAGGAUGGGCGACCUGUUGUAUGAGGGGCAACGUGACGGGCAGAAAGACUUGUCUUCUGCAGCAGCCUUGUACACUCUGGCAGCACGGAGGAACACGCCACAGGGAUGGUACAACCUUGGCCUCCUUGCUGAGGAGGGUUACAGGCUGCCACUGUCAGUAUUGAUUGACCUUGGCCUUUCAGAGCUGUUCUUGGCAGACAACAGUUUGAUCCUGAGCACUUUGUACAAAAGAUGCAGAGACUCAGAGGAUGAUACAGAUUCCUACUUGCCUUGCAGCCUCGCCCUCUUCAAUGUGCAUCUUCGAUCAUUCCAAACGGACUAUAGUGCUACCAUCAAGUUCUCCAGUACUGUCGCCGUGAUCGCAGCGCCAACGAUAUUCCUCAUCAUCCUCGGUGUGCUCAGGAGACACUCGCGGUCUCCCAACUAGAAGAUCCAGGGAAUACACAAAGUCAACCUGUACAGCAACAAUAUUUACACAUCUUGUGUUUGUUUACAUAUGUUAGUUAUGUGAAAACAAUAAAUGGGAAUGUUAUUAAGUCUAGAAAAUGUGGGGUUUGUAAGUUUCAUACUGCACAGAUAUUUUGUGAAAAGAAUGCUUUGUUGAACAAUAAAGAGACUGAACAAGUAA